AAUUAUCUUGCCGGAACUAAUAAAAUGUUGUCAUAAAAUUGCUCUUACACCGUCAGUAACAUAUCCUGGUCGAGGCAGGCUUAGCGACUAUGGCUUCUACGUUAGUGUUUCUGUUUGUUGUUUGUUUUCUUGGCACCGAAUUGUUCUCAACACAACAAGUAUCUGCAAAUAUAAACUCAAAGUUGUGGAAAUCUAUUGGCCUGCAGUUAAAUAAGGAAGCAUUCAAAGGCCUGAUUGAGACCGAUCUUCAGUCCUGCGUCACUUUCAAUGACACAUGGGAAUGUUGUAAGCACAUCUAUGUAAAAUCUUUGAAAAUUAAUGAGACAGCUUGUAUUAAACUUUCUUAUUUACGAGAAGACAUUGGAGCUGAAGUCGAGUUACUCUGGGAUAACAAGACUAUUUAUGAAUAUUCUGUAUCAGUGAAGAAUCCUCCACCUGUAUGUAUUGGCUUACCUCAACUACCUGAAGUGAAAUUAUGUGUAAAAUUCUAUAAUGUCACCUUUAACAAACACAGAUUCUCAGCCUGUGUCAAGUUGGAAAUAAAGGCUGGAAUUGAAAAGAAGUUUAAAUUAGGUUGCUUUUCUUUGCCCCUGCUAGUCAAAAAGGAAAUUAAUCAUCUUCCUCUCCAAAAAUUGCUAUACCCUCCUCUUUCUGAUGCAAAUAUUUUCAGGAUGGAUAAACACCCAAACUAGGGUUCCCAGUAAAAUGAAGAUCCCUGGGGUACAGUUUUAUUAUAUCUUAUGCGGAAAAAAAUUUUUUAAUGCUAAAACAUUAUAUCAUGUACAAUCUGUGUUAAUAUAAAUGUGAAAUCAUUAUUAUUGGUAUUGUAAGGGGUGGUGUAUUGGCAGAAUCUUUAGACCCUCUGAUAAAAUGCUUUGUAGUGUUUGUUCAGGUUCCUUAUAUUUUUUAGGUUCAAAUUCCACCAUGGUCAACUUCACCUGCCAUCCUUCUAGUAUAUACUUGUCAAGUAUUGGGGACAAUUUAGUUGAUUAAAUCCUUCUCUAAAAAUGUCAGUCCUUUUCCCUAAUUCAGAAAUAGCUAUUAUUAUUUUUAUUGUUAAAAAUUAGACUAAAAUGAAAUUCUUAAUGCUGCGAUGUCUAUAUGACAGGAAUAAAAUGUAUGAAAACACGCACUCACACACAUAUGUAUAUGAAACACUAAAUGUGUCAUAUAAAGUAAUGCCAACUAUAAUAUAGUAUGUUAAUGUAAUGAGGCUGUGAUAUAACAUAAUGUUGGCUAUAAUAUAAUAAUGGUUUCAAAUUUUGGCACAGGGCCAGCAAUUUGGGGGGAAUGGCUAAGUCAAAUAUAUUGACCCCAGUACUCAACUGGUACUUAUUUUACCGACCCUGCAAAGGAUGAAAGGCAAAGUCAACCUUAGUGGAAUUUGAGCUUACAAAGUGCAGAUGGAUGAAAUAUCACUAAUCAUUUUGAUUCUGCCAGCUCACCACUCUAAUAGGACAGCUGUGAUAUAAUUUAAAGUAUGUUGUAAUAGUGUUGGCUGUGAUAUGAUAUAAUCAUGUGUAUGUUAUAUAAUUCUAUGUUUACUCUACCCACAUAUUCGUUUUUACCUCUUGUUAAAUCUACUUCACAAAAUAUACUUUAUAAACUGUUACUUUGAAAGGUAAAGGAUAUAAACAUUCCAUUCAUUUUCCUUUAAUAUUUCAUUGCCUUGAGACCUUGUUAACUGAUGCCACAUAUAUAUAAGAAGAGAAAUUUUAUGCAGUUGAAAAUAAAGCUUCAAGUAAGCCAAACCCAUUGGAUUUGAUCACCAAUCAGAAACAUUAUGUUUGGGCAAUAAAUGAAUAUUACAUUUCAUUUGGAUAUUUUUUAUCUUAUUGUUUUUUAAGGAAACAACAUUGAUAUCAUUACAAGCAAGCCAGAUAUAUGUUUUGAAAAUUCUUUAAUCAGACAUACUCAUCUCCCUCUCUCUCUCUCUCUCUCUCCCUCUCUCUCUCUCCCUCUCUCUCUCCCCUCUCUCUCUCUCUCUCUCUACCUAUCUAUCUAUCUAUCUAUUUCCAUCUGUAGCUGUGUAUACUGUGCACAGUCUUCUUGCUUAUUCAACAAUUUGUUUCCAUUAUGUUCAUUGGAGAUACAGGCUUUUAUUGUAGAAUAAUAUUAUAUGUAUGUUAAUAAAAUAUAUUUUACUUACUGUACUAUGUUUUGCAUAUUAAAAUAUAUAUUUAUUAACUUUAAA